AUGACAAGUGGAUUUGGUCAUACAGGAAGAGAAAGAAGAGCUAGAGGAGAAAGCAUCAAGAUGUCAUACGGGAGAGACGAUACUAUCAUUGAGCCCGAUUUCAUAGAGGCGGACACGCUCAUGGCCGCCGGGGCCGGCAGCGCGGACGAGGGGCUCCACGAUUCCGCCAGUAGAGGCACGCUGGACGAGACAGUGUUGAAGACGCUGAAGCGCGAUGUGGUCGACAUCAACUCGAGACUGAAGCAAGUCGUGUACCCGCACUUCCCAUCGCUGUUCAGGUGCUGGUGCGACGGGCUGGGCGCCGAAGACAGCGGCUCGAGCGCCGCCGACAGCGACAUCUCAGCCAACUGCGACCUAUGGGCCCCGCUAGCAUUCAUCAUCCUGUACGCGCUGUUCGUGUCACACGCACAGUCGUUGUUCUCGAGUCUGUUCGUGUCGAGCUGGUUCAUCCUGCUGGUGAUGGCGCUGCAUCUGAGGCUCACCAAGCCGCACCAGAAGGUGUCGCUGAUUUCCUACAUAUCCAUCUGCGGGUACUGCCUGUUCCCGCAGGUUCUGAGCGCGCUGCUCUCGCAAGUGCUACUACCGCUGGCGUUCCGCAUAGGGGGGCAGAACCGCUGGGUCGUGCGGGUUCUGUCCCUCUUGAAACUGGUGGUCAUGGCGCUGUGCCUCAUGUGGUCCGUGGCGGCCGUCGCAUGGGUCACCAAGAGCAAGACCGCCAUCGAGAUAUACCCGCUGGCUCUGUGCCUCUUCGGCAUGGCCUGGCUCUCCACUAUUCUAUAG